CUGUCCCUGAUUGGACGUCUCACCACUUUCCAGGAGGUGUCUGCCAACUUCUAGCGCUGGACGCUACAUGACAUCUCACAGUUCCGAGUGGAAAAUUCUUGUCUGGUCACUCCAUCAGUUUCGGUAAUUGAGGAGUUUACCCCUGGUGAUGUGGGCUUCCCGUCUCCUACUUAUGCCCGUCCGUCUCCCAGAGUGGGAUCGGUUCGUUUUGUCACAAGAUCCUUUUCUUGUGAAUUGGACUACGUGGUCCUGUCAAACCGAGAUCGCAUCAUCUUGAAGGUCGUAUUGCCCCUGGCUUUCUUACACAAGGGCAUCGUACCUGCUUUAGUCAACCCGAGGCCCACUUCUUCACGUCUCAAGGUAUUGUCUUGUCUUCGUCAUAAUGCCAGGAAGGCAUCGCGCCUAUACCACCGAGCACCCGGCGAAGGGCUUCAAGUGGUUCCCAUGGAAGCGGGAAAAGAAAAUGGUGGUCGAGCCUGUGGUGUGGUCAGAUUGGGUGUCAAGUGAAGAUGGAACCUACUUCUAUCGAGCCAGGAAAUUGGCUGACGGCACUUGGGGAGAUUAUGAAUACACAGAGGGUUACUACAUGGGAGGUUAUGCGGGAGGGUAUGCGGAUGGGUAUGCGGGAGGCAUUGAGAUACCCGAGGAGAAGGAAUACCACCCGGCAGUUGCGGUCAGCCCUUGGAAACUUCCCGGAGAACCCGUUGCGAUUAUGCCAGAGAGUCCCGAGGUCAUGGAGGAUCCAGAACCUAGGUACGCGGAGAUCGCAGAGUCAGAGCCCAUUGGAGAAUUCUCGGCCGCCGAUGAGGAGGAACAACACCAAGGCACCACCACCAACGCCACCUCAGUCUCGGGUGAUGAUGUCUCCGAAAGGUUGUCAGAAGAUGAUGGCUAUCGUGAAAGCGAGCCCUUGCCAACCGUACAAGAAGCGGAACCCAUGGUCUUCACUCGCGAACCAGAACCCAUUCGGCCCUUAUCUCCCGUCCCAUCGCUACGACGAGAGUACAAACCAAGGCGUAGACAUACAACCGGGGCUGACACGGCCGUCCCAUCCUCGCACCACCGCCCACGACUCCCCCAACGCCAUACCUUCAGCGAAGGCCAAAAGGAAGGCCACAAAGACAGCCACGACCAUCACCACCACAGACGCACCAAGAGCCACGACCCGAACCACAAACAACCACUCCUCUUCUCCAUCUUCUACGCAGUAACCAAAACCCACGCCGGCCCCCAAACUCGGCGCAUGCCCUCCUCCUCACCCCAUCGAUCCUCCACACCUGGAAAAUCAACACGCACCUCCGGUACCCGCCCCUCAACCGCCACAUCCUCCUCCUCCUCCCGCGCCCCCUCCGUUUCAGUAGGCAAGCAUCAAGACAACAGCAGCACCAAAGUCGCCGUCCCAAAAACAUCCACCCAGAAACCAUCACCAACAACAACAAAAAAGCCACCGGUGGUCACGACGAAACAAACAACAAAACCGAAAAAGCCGCCGGUACCCACAGCAAGCGAGACCACCGUCGUCGUGCCCCUCGAUACGGGCGUGCCGAGUGUGAUUGCACCGCCGGGAAAAGCGACCAUCACCAAGACCAAGAAGUUCAACUCCAAGAUCAAGAGCGAGAAGGAGAUGAAGGUGGAUAGCAAGAAGAUGAUUAAGGGGUGGUUGGCGGGGAUGGAGCCUGGGGCGGAAGAAGAAAAGAAGAUGAAGGGCAAGAGUAGUGGUGGGAAGGAGAGGGGGAGGAGGAUGACGAAGUGAUGGACUGGGUUUUGAAAGGGGAUGAUGGGG